GCUACUAUAAAGAUUGUAACUGGAACUUAAGUCCACCACAGGAAACAUCAGUACUGGCGAUGAGUCUGUUGUUGUUGUAUGUUAUUUGAGGCAUUUCUUUGGUUGUGAUUUGAGCAACAAACACCAUACCUGAUAUAAAAUUACAGUCAAACUUUUUUGCUAAAAGCAUUUUCAUUCAGCUUUUCACACAAUUACAUUUAUUUACAUUUUCUGUUACGCCAUCAGGUAUUGAGACCCACACUAUUUUCAACACUUUCAGUUACAGUCUACACAUAUGUUGCCCAAGUCAAGUUCUCUUCAGUUAAACUCCUCCCCUCAGCUAGCUGCAGGCACCAGGGGUGUUGCCCAGAGAGCUGGAACAGGAAACUUGCAUGUUUUGCCACAGGUUUGGUACGAACUAAACUCUUAAGAGAAGACGUGAAGGCAUAUAUGCUUUUUUCAAUUUUCUGUGAUUAUUUCUAUCACAUACUGCAGUUGUUCUACCUGAGUUCAGCAGGAGAUGGCACUGCUGAAAUACAAGACUGAGCCUGUUGGAAACGAAAGCUUGGACAAAUGGGAGUUACUUGGCUCGGGGGGAUUUGGUGAAGUCUACAAAGUCAGACACAAGGACUUCGGGUUUGAUGUGGCCAUUAAGAUACUUCGUGAUGGUGUUUGCCCCUUCAUUCCAAAUGAAAAAGCACUGCACAAUGAGGCUGAUCACAUGAAAGAGGCUUCCUGUGAGUUUGUGCUAAGGCUUUAUGCACUGUAUCAUGGAUGUCCACCAAUUAGAGAAACAGCCUUGCAACAGGGAAUAGUGAUGGAGUACAUGAGAAGAGGAUCUGUUCAGUCUCUGCUGGAUUACCUGCGUGGCCCUCCACCGUGGCCCCUGACCUUCCGCUUGGCCCAUGAAGUGGCUCUUGGCAUGAACUUCCUCCAUAUUAAGAAACUUAUUCACCACGACCUAAAGCCAAGUAAUGUUCUGCUGAGUGAUGAGCUUCACGCCAAGAUAGCAGACUUUGGUCUUUCCAGGGUUUCCACCAGUGCUUUGAACAGCAACAGAGAAACAACCGGAGUGGACGGAGGCUCAUACAAGUACAUGCCUCCUGAGGCUUUUGAGGCAUCAUACAAACCUUGCCGUGCUUUUGACAGAUACAGCUAUGGCAUCCUACUCUGGUCUAUUGUUACUGGUAAAGACCCAUAUUCAGUGGCUGAUUACAGUCUUGUGGCUCUGAGGAUCCCUAUGGGGGACAGACCUGACUUAGAGGAAAUUGACCAGACAAAAGCAGACGGCUUGGAAGAGAUAGUUAAGCUCAUGAAGAGUUGCUGGGAUAAGACACCCAGUGCGAGGCCUGAAUUUAAAGAGUGCCUUGAAGUAACUGAGAAUGUGCUCUCAAAGCACAGAAAGGGAAUCCGUGUUGCAGUCAAUCGAAUCUUGAAAAGACUGGAGUCACCAACCAGCAAUGAACAUUCAGAAACAUUCAGUUUUCCUCAUCAGAGAUUAGAAAGGUCAGAGUCAAAUGAUGUUGUGGAUGUCGGAUUUAUAGCAACUCAAAUGUCUUCCAUGCAGGAUUCUGUCAGUGUUCCUGCUGAAAGAAUGAUUGAUGCAGAUAAAGCAAAGUUUGUUGAUGAAAAAAAGAAAACAUUAAUUCAAGACGUUUCUGACGUAAUGGCAGUAGUAGAUGAGCUUGAUGACAUGGUCCACAGUGAAACCUACUCAGUGAUCGAAGCUGAAAAGACAAGCCAGGGUAAAAUGAGAGCGCUGUAUACGAGGACAUUGCGUUCAGGAGGGGAGAAGGUCAAAGCAGCCUUCUACGACGCCCUCAAAAAACAUCAGCCCCAUCUAGUGGAGAGACUCGGUGGCUAAUUCGAAAGCAACUGUGGCCUUCCUGCAUUUUAAGGACAAAUGUUAAAUGACUCUCCCUGCCUUUCCUCUUACACUUAGACAUCUUUUUAAAGAAAAAUCCAUCUAUUUUAUUAAUUUGUAUAUAUGCAAUUUGUUGACAUUUUAUUUCCCUGCAGUUACUAAAUAACUAAACUAUAUAUUUUUA